AUGUCACUUUCUGCAACUGACAGAAAGGCAUAUUGGUCAGAUCAAAAGGACAGUUUAAAUAGGAUACGUUCACGAUUAAGUGACAGAGACUCUCCUAAACGCCUGCGAGAGUCCCCCGUAUAUCAAAGAGAUCACUCUCCUUAUGGCAAAUACAGGAAGCCUACCUCACCAGCGUACCUGCCAAGACUUGACCGUCAUGAUCGGACACCUCAAGGUUACAGAGAUGACCGUGUUAGAGGUAGUAAAUAUGGAAUUAUUCCCCCUGUGCACCAUCGUGAGAAAAACAAAAGCCCGGCCGUAGACUAUGACAGUUGGGGAGAGGAAAGUGAUGAUGAAGAUGACAACUACCACCAACAGCCACAAUAUUAUAUGCCCCAACCUCUUCCAUAUGGAUACCCAACCUAUGUACCCCCUGGAGGGGGCCCCCAGCCUGUGGUGUUUGGACCCCCUUUCCCUAUGUAUUAUCCCCCUCCCCCGCAGUACCGUGGAAAAAACAGACGCAGUAAAGACAAACGCCGACAAAGAUCACCAGAACACAGUAAAUCAUAUAGAAAUGAACCUCCUCUUCACCACUCAAUACCAGGACAUGACCCCUUCUCUACACGGCGAGAACCAUCAGUCAAGGAUGAUGUCCUGAAACGCUAUAAGUAUAUACACCCACGCGACAGUCCAUUUACUCCCCCGGCUGGCGAGUCUUUAGUAGAACAAAGAUACAGAGGAGAUAUUGAUUCGUUGAAUUAUUUUUACUUCACUGACCACCCAUUGUUUGCGGAGGACACGGUUGAUUGGUUGACUAACGACCUCCUGGAGGACAUUAUUCCUGACCUUCUAAUUGAGACUUUUACUGACUUUUCUAAAUUGACUCCCAGUCAUCCACUUCAUAGUGUGUCUAGCAAUCUGGCUGAAGAGAUUGGAAGUGAGGCUGUACAGGAUGAAAUCGAGGCUGUGGUGAGGGAGGCCGUCAAUGAUAUGGUGAAUGAUCACAUGGGCAGUAAGAGUGGAGAGGAUUGGUUGUCAGCCAUCAUAAAUGACCGGAUAGCUAACAGCGUGUAUGACGACCUUUUUGAUAAUUAUGUUGACAACAUUAAGGAUGAACUGAUCACAGCUAUUAUACAGGAGGUUGUCAUAGAAGGCUACUUGGAAGAUGAGAUCAUUGAAGUAGAAGUAGAAGAGGAGUCGGCAGAGAUUGCACAUGACAUUCUACACCGCUUUGAUUCCAAACUGAUGAGGAAGGAACUGAAAGAAGUGUCCAAGAAAGCUGGUGAUAAAUUAAUGGAUCUGUUUAUUGGUGAACAACUUUUAUUACUGGUGGCUAAACAGGGCAAAGUUUGGGGCGAAAAUGACCACUACAACAAAAUUAUGGAUGAUUUCAUCCUUAAUAGACUUCUGGAACAGUAUUACUUUGUCAGGGACGAGAGACAAAAGACGCUGGCAUCCAAACCAAUGAAAAAAUUACACGAAAAAGCUGUUUCUGAUGUGGCUUUAGAUGUGCUGUUACAACAAAUGCACGCCUCCCUUGAUGAGGAUCUUGCAGAUGUUGAUGAAUAUGAACGAGGGGUUGAUGGCAAUCAGUCUUCACCAGCUACGCCCAUCAUACCAGUACCAUCAACAAGGAUACCUCUCAGCUGAUGAAACGGAAAUAUUUUCAGUGAUCAACUUGAUGAUACAUAUCUGUAAUAUGUGGAAUUUCCGGAGAUGGUGCUCAGUUUAUAUUAUAAUCUGCCACGCCUCAGUAGACGGUGCUUUGGACAUCAAUA